AUGAAAAAAAUCAGUGAAAAUAAAUCCUUUGGCGGUCGCCAAUUGCGUUGCAGCACCGUUCCAAGGUGCUUAAUUGCGAUAUGACGUUUUCUAUUUAUUUGCCACCUCAGGCAGCAGGAAAAGUGCCAUUGCUUUAUUGGCUUUCCGGGUUGACGUGCACGGAUGAGAAUUUUAUGACCAAGGCGGGAGCGCAGCAGUAUGCGGCGCAGUAUGGAAUCGCUAUUGUGGCACCUGAUACCAGCCCUCGCGGUGAAGAUGUGCCCGAUGACUCGAAGGGCAGUUACGAUUUUGGUUUGGGAGCGGGUUUUUAUGUAAAUGCCACUUGUGAACCAUGGAAUCAACACUAUCAAAUGUACGAUUAUGUGGUGAACGAGCUGCCGCAGUUGGUGAGUGAGCAGUUUCCAGUGGAUGCCGAACGCGCUGGUAUUAGUGGACACUCUAUGGGUGGUCAUGGUGCUUUAACUAUCGCAUUAAACAAUCCUCAGAGUUACCGCUCAGUGUCUGCAUUUUCGCCUAUCUGUUCACCUAUAAAUUGUCCUUGGGGGCAGAAAGCGUUGACUAAUUAUGUGGGGGAUGACCGCCAGCAGUGGGGGCGUUACGACACAGUAGAAUUGGUAAAAACCGCUACUGAGCGUUUGCCGGUUUUGGUGGAUCAAGGUUUGGCGGAUGAAUUGGCAGAGCAACUUCACACCGAGGCUUUGAUGGCAACAGCCAAAGAAACCAACUACCCCAUGACCAUUCGAAUGCAGCAGGGCUACGAUCACAGUUACUUUUUUAUCGCCUCAUUUAUUGGCGAACAUAUUCAAUUUCACAGUGAGUAUCUCACAGAAGAGCGAAACGACACUGGAUUCUCGCCUUCGGGGGAAUGA